UCUUUUUUUUGUUUUUGGACGAUGGCCCAACUGAACAGAUACCAGCAACUACUCCGACAACUACUAUCAACAACCACUCCUUCCAAACCAUCAUCGAUCAUCACCAGAAGGAACUCAUCUACCACCACCAACACAACAACAACAACAACAACAGCUGAAAUUACUGGCUCACUGUCUCCAUCACUCGGCUCAUCAAACAAUCAGCAGAAUGACGAAAACAUCAAGACCAUCAGGACUCAAUCUCUCAUUCAUAGGAUGGAAAAUCACGCAAGAAAGACGAUCGAAUUCAGACAGAGACUGGCUCAAGAUCGCGAACGAUUAUCGAAACUAGGAUCGAUACAGACCACAUUAGAGAGUUCCAAGCCAUCGCAUUCGCGGACCCAUCCGACGCAAAUCUCUGACCUAACGCUGGCCACCUUGAUCACGGCGACGACGCAUUUAGGGCACAACAAAGCGCUGACCUGUCCGACGAAUUUCCCAUUAAUCUACGGGGUCCGAUCGGACAUUGCGAUCAUCGAUGCCCGUCAGACGCUCAGCUAUCUCCGUCGGGCAUGCAAUGUGAUCAGAGAGACUGUGUUCAACGACGGGAUCGUCCUGUUCUCCAACGGGGUUCCCGGGACCGAGAAGGCCAUCAAACAGGCCAGCGAACGGCUGGCCGACAACGGCUAUUCCUUAGGCAUUCGGCCUAAUGGGAAGGGGGCCUCCUGGGUCAGAGGCACCUUGACCAAUGCCACCGAGGUCUUAAAACGGCCCCGCCAAGUAGCCAAACAACUCCGGCUCGCCAAUCCUUCUUCUUCUUCUUCUUCUUCUGGUUCAAAUGAGGAUCCUCAACGCAAUAAACAACAACAAGCCGAGAACCUCGAGGCCUUGAAAUUCUUGCCCUCCUUGAUCGUCCUCUUCAAUCCCAGAGAAUCCAGAGUCCUCCUCCGCGAGGCCGCCCUCAAACAGAUCCCUACCAUCGCCAUCAUCGACUCCGACGUCGACCCCAGAGUCGUCACCUAUCCGAUCCCCGCUAACGACGACUCCGUUCGCUCCGUUCAGCUCAUCGCUGGCGUCUUGUCUAGGGCCGGUCAGGAAGGCCUCCUCAAGCGGAAAGAAUCACUUUUGUCCACUUUUCCAGGCUCCGACUCGUUGCAACUGUCCUAGUAUGAUCCCCCCAUCCAUCGUCCAACCAUGAUGCAAAUAAAGAACAUACCCUUACUCGAUUUCCUCACACUCCAAUACAAAAAUGAACAAAAUCGAAAGACAAAGGAGAGAGAGAGAGAAGAUGGGAACACACCCAGCCUGGAAUGCAUAUGCAGGAUAUUGAGAGAGAGGAGCCAUGUGUUUGGAUGGCCCUUGCGGUUUCCUGAAUCGAGGGUCCG